AUGCCAAUGCCAUAUGAUACUUUGCUAGGAUCUAGCGAUGAUAUGCAAAGAUUUGAAAACCAACUCUACCCACAAAAUAUUAUUCAUACAUUUGAUACCGAGCAUUUAUGCCAGGCACAGUGUCAGGUUCCUUGCUCUAUGAAGCAUAUUAGCGAUUUAAUGAUGCACCGAUGGCUUUGUCCACUUAAGGAGAAAGAAGACUGGAAUAAUGUUUCCCCCGACGACCGCUUCUUCGCGGGCUUAUCUUUGGGUACAGUUAUUUGCCUUGCAAUUCUCGGUGUCUUCUUAUUAUUUUGUAUUUCAUGCCUCAUUCGGGUACAUUGUUGUAAAUGUCAUGCGAGUGAAGCAUAA